UCCACUGUUCUCUCCACCACUAUUCCCCCCCCCAAUCUAACACCGAGGGUCACCGUGGGAUUCCCAUCACCUUUGCUGAUGGAAGGGCACUUCCAAUAGUUGUCCAACGAGGGAAGGAACUGGGAGGAAGGAUUUACGUGUCAACUGAAUGUGAAUGACACUUGAAUAAAAGCAAAUUGAAUUGAAUUGAAUUGAAUGUGGGGUCAGGCUGCUCUCAGGAAUAAGUGGUGGCCCUAAAAAGGGCCGUUGUGUUCGAAGCGAAGUUAUUAGACUGAUGUGUUCAUUGAGAGGACGUGGGGUGACGAGAAGAGGUCCGGCAUGUCAAGGAUGGGUCGUCGUCGAGCUCAUCGCUUAUAUAGCGGCUAGUGGAUAGCAUUGUUCCUGUUGAACUGUUGAUCGUUCCCACAAUGUGGGAACGGUUGAUUGUUCCCACAAUGUGGGAACGGUUGAUUGUUCCCACAUUGUGGGAACGGUUGAUUGUUCCCACAAUGUGGGAACAAUGCUAUCCACUAGCCGCUAUAUAAGCGAUGAGCUCGCCGUGGAUCUUCAUCACUCUCUCACUGGACGGCAAAGAGAGAAGAAGUCUGUUGCUCGACCAAACUAUUAUUAAUAAACGAAAUAUAUUUUCUUUGAAAGCAACUCAACAACUUUUCGUCCCAUUUUCAACAUGAAGUGCAAAGUCUACAAGGAUGGCAUACUGUUAUACCAAGAUGGAGAAAAGGAGAACAAACCUUUUCAAGUAUGGUACGUUAGUUUACGUGAUCGCAACAAAGUUUUAAACGGGCAUAUUCUGGUUAACUUUACUUCCGGGGACGUUGAGGAGGAAGCAAGGGCACGGAGAAUACAGAGCAUGAAAGGGCUAGAUGAGAGCACUGGCUGCGAUGGUUGUGGAGCAGGUUUUUUUCUGCAAUCCGGCGAGAUGGACUAUCUGCCCGAUGAAGCCCUUGGAUUAAAAAUUUACGCCUACACAAUGGAAUCAGCUGAGAUGGCAAAGAUGGGGCUAAGAGGGUUUCUGGAUGCUGUUUGUAUCCUUUGUCCACCAAUCGCAUUCAGAAUCUUGCUUCCAUUUGCUGCACAAAUUAUUCAGAUCUCGAAGACGAUUCCGCAAAUACGCCCAAUUAUCCCAACUGUUGAUGCAUUGGCCAAUAAGACUCCCUUUUCGAGAUUCGUUGUAGCAGUCGUCGUAACGUACCGGGAGUAUCACCGAGGUCCGAAUGGAACUGUCUACACGACUGAUCCAGCUGCACCGAAAUCAACCCCUUGGAACCAAGAGCAAGAAACACUGUCACUCUCCUGUCGAAACGAAUGGUUAUUCAUGCAGGCCAAUCCUGAAGAUAAUGAAAAUGAAGGCGGUUUUCGCAAUUUAACCUACCCAAUAUCAAGAGCUGUUUUGCGUGCAAGGAUUUGGCUUCAUCAAAACUACGAACUUGGAAACAAUACCAAUAAUCAGUACAUCUUGAAAGGAGACGUGUACGAGCAAUAUGAAAGAUGGUGUACAGAAGAUCCAACAAUUGCACGGGCAACAUUUGGGAGAAUAAUUGCGGACGUCUUUCCGGGUAUUAAUGUUGGACUCGAACCAAGAGGGCAUGUAACAACCAACAGUGCACGCCAUUGUUAUAAGAACCUACGCCGACGCAACCAACAUACCCAGUAAAUAAGAAUGUUAUUCAUCACACAUAUUAACACAGUAUGAAUUAUUUCUCUUUUUAAUCAGCUAUUGUAUUCCUACUUUUCAACAUACUCAGUUUUUCAGUUGUCUGUCAGAAAGAUUUAUUUGAAUUAAUAAACUCCGCAAAUGUAAUUGUACUACAUUACUUAAUAUGGAAAUAAAUAAAUAACUUUCAGUGCU